UACCCCAUCAAAGCAAAAUAGAAAAAAUUAAUUUAAAAAUAAUCAGCAGAAUUUGCGAAAAUCUUCGAGGCAGAGAGGAAAAACUGAAGAGGAGAGAGAAAGAAAGGGGUAUCCACUAAAUCCACCAUCCAGCGGCGGCGAAGCUAGAUCUUUCCGGUAAAUAUCCGGCGGAAGCCACUCAUUCGCAAGGGCUUGCUGCUGGUUGCUUUUGCGGCAUUUUGAAUGAAAAUUGGAGCAUAAUGGCAAACUAUCUGGGCAGAGGUGUUCCCGCAAAUGGGUCUAUUUAUGUUUGUAACUUACCUGAAGGGACUGAUGAUAACAUGUUGGCGGAAUUCUUCGGCACCAUUGGUUUGAUUAAGAAAGAUAAAAGAACUGGUCAACCGAAGAUAUGGUUGUACCAUGAUAAAGUGACAAACGAACCAAAGGGAGAUGCAACAAUAACCUAUGAAGAUCCACAUGCUGCUGCAGCUGCUGUGGAGUGGUUCAAUAAUAAGGAAUUUCAUGGAAACGUAAUUGGUGUAUUCAUAGCACAGUCAAAGAAUAAGGGUGAUACAGUGGAUACAGGUGUACCCGUUGCUGUACCUGCAGUUGAACCUGCAGCUGUACCUGGUGAUUUUGGUGAUCCUCUUGAAGAUGCUAUGGACCUGAAUGGGGGUGGUGGAAGAGGUAGAGGCCGGGGUGAUGCUUCUGGAAAAGCGUGGCAACAGGACGGUGAUUGGAUGUGUCCAAAUACAAGUUGUACCAAUGUGAACUUCGCUUUUCGUGGUGUUUGCAAUCGAUGUGGAACUGCCCGGCCUGCUGGUGCCUCUGGUGGUGCAGCGGGUGGUGGCAGAGGAAGAGGUCGUGGAACUGCUGAUGCUGGUGGUCCUGCACGAGCAGCCACUGGUCCAACAACUGGACUUUUUGGUCCUAAUGAUUGGUCUUGUCCCAUGUGUGCUAAUAUCAACUGGGCAAAACGUUUGAAGUGCAACAUUUGCAACACUAAUAAACCUGGUAUCAGUGAGGGAGGUGUAAGGGGAGGACGUGCUGGUGGGUACAAGGAACUUGACGAGGAAGAGUUAGAGGAGACAAAGAGACGUCGGCGGGAAGCUGAAGAUGAUGGAGAGAUGUAUGAUGAGUUUGGCAAUCUCAAGAAAAAGUUCCGUAUAAAACCCCAUGAAACUGAUACAGGAAAGGUGCUUCCAGGAGCAGGGCGUGCAGGGUGGGAAACUGAGGAAAUAGGCGUAGGUGAUAGAGACCGAGAAAGGAGCAGGGAUAGGGGGAGAGAUCAUGGAGACAGAGAGAACAGGAGCAGAGAGCGUGACAGUAGGGAUCGGCUCGGGAGCAGAAGCAGAGAGAGGGAUAGGGAUAGGGAUCGGGGAAGGGAGUAUCGGGAUAGAGAUCAUGACAGGGACCAAGACUACAGCAGGGAUAGGGAUCGCUACAGAUAUCGAUAACAUUAUUAGCUGAUUGAUCACAGCUUCCAUGGUUCUUGUUAGUUUAACAGAACCAUGUACCUGUUACGUUAGGAGGCUACGACUGCUUUUCACAUGCCAUAGCUUGCUUGUAGGUAGAAGAAUUUCUUGUUGAUUGGAUCCCGAGUGAUGUUUGCUAUGUGCAAACAGGAUAGCUGAAAACUGAAAUAGUCUUUCCUGAAAAGGAACCUAUUUUGAAUCGGUAUGCUCUGAAAGUCGGAACUUGAAUUGCAUCGUCUCUUUUGACAAGAUCAUUUGAUCUGUUUUUUCAUCGUGGUAUGAUACUACGAUGUCAAUCAAGAUAUCUAUUGGGGGACAAUGUUAGGAAGGACAAGGUUGGUUAUGUUGAAUGUAUUGAUUGUAUCGGUUUUGGUUUUCUUGGAUUGUAUUCACUCCAUUGAGUCCAGAAAGGUACGGUUUUUGUUGUUAGGAAACCGGAAAACUUUCUCUGAAUCUGGAACCACGAGGAUUUGUCAAGAAUCCUGAAUGAAAGAAAUAUUUUUCUUUGGGAAAUCAUUUAAUUGUGAAUUUGUGAUA